AUUAAUUAAAACUAAUAAAGAUGAAAACUAGAAUUGAAAAUACAUUUUUGUUCACUGAAAUAAAUAAAAAAUAUAAUUUAAAGAAAAAAAUGAUAACUAACUGAAACGGUAUUAUGUGUUUACAAAACUAACUAGAACGUAUUAAGAUUAUAGAAAAAAAUCCCUUUGUUUUCAUUUUUUGUCAAUUUUGGAUUGAUAUGAAAUUGUUUUAUUUUGCUUAAGCAAUUUUACGUAAGCUAGCAGCACUGUACAGCACCUCACAGUUCAUCACUUCUUGUUUACAGUCAGCUUCUCAUCACCAUUCUACCUGGCAAAAUGGCGACAAAACUCGGGAGAAGGUGACAGAGUCCUAUAUGAAAUUUCUUUAAAUAGAACAGCGAGAAAGAUAAAAUCAAGUGCCUUGAAAACUGGUGAUAAGUAUAUGGAGUACUUCUCAAGAGAAAAAAACCUCACAAAUCUGAAAGUCCAUUUGAGAAGCUCACACAAGAACACUGAAUGCGAGUACCUUGACAAAGUGGCCUCUCUGAGUAACUCCCCUGAAAAAGAAGCAACAUCUCAGCCAGGAGAUAGCACCAGGAAGCAGGAGACAACUAUAAUGGACUGUUUUCAAUGUCGACCAAAGAGCUGCUGGUUAGUGAACAUGCAGGAACACCACAAGUAGGAAGAUGCACUCGUAAAUAUGUUCAUUGAGGCUGGUAUUUUUACAAGACUGUGUGAGUUGAUUGCUUUCGAGAAGUUUAGCUUUUCACUUUUCAAAUUUAAAUCACCCGGUGCUGCACGAGUAAAUAACCUUAUUGCCAAGUAUGAAAAACUAAUACUAAAACUACUAAAAACUAAUACUAAAACUAAUCAUUUGGAACAAAUAAAAAUGAACAAACCGGCUCUAAAAACGGAUUAAAUCAGGUUAUUUCUGUCCUCAUUCAGGUCUCCUUCACCUCAGAGCUUUGCAGUUAACACACCUUUAAACAUAAACGAAGCUAAUGUUAACUUUUAACUCUACCUUUUAUGAUUAAGAGUUACUACUCAGCUUAAAAAUGCUCUCCCAGCUCUGCAGCUGGUGCAGGGAUGCAGGACAGGAUGUUACUUCACCUAUCUGUUAGAGGAGGUUGAGGUCCAUUACCUAUUCAUGCUGCUUGCAUAUCUGUGCACACUCUAGAUCAUUAUAUCCUCACCCUAAAGACCAGCCUGAGAUGGACACCAGGGUUUUUGCCACAGUGUUAACAGGCAGAUGUGCAAUAGACCUGUCUUUCCAAGUUGAUUCAAUAUGAAGUAUGUGUUCCUGGUGUUACAAAAUUAAGUAAUUGCAUUUGAAGAUGGGAAGCAGUUAAAAGGUUCUUUGUUGCUGGAGUUUAAAAAAAAAAUAAAAAAGCACAAAUAGGCAAGAAUCAGAAUUGUCUUCUUUUAAAUUGUACUCAUGUGAGGCUGCCUUCCAUGACUGUUACCUUCAUCUAAUCUGAUUAUUUGUUUCUGCUGAAGUCUCAGGUGCCUGCGCCCUUCAGGUAAAUGUUGUGUAAGAGCAGCAGGACGCCUCUCAGCAGCUCAGCUGUUUCAGCUGCAGUCACUUCCUUAUAAGGAGAGAAGCAGAUCGCAAAACACUGGGGUUUUCAGCUUUGCGAGGAGCAGUCAAAUUUGGGUAAAAGGUAGAGUAUUUAUCGUGAAGACAGGAGUUUGGGGAAGUAUUUUAAUUGGAUGUUGAUCUGAAAUUAUAAAAAUGUUCUCACUGAUAAAUAAGCUCUGAAUCUUGUCAAAUUUAAGGAUUUGAAGCUCUCAAUGUAACAUUAUUAGCCUACAUUUACUCGGCUUUUGAAUGGUUGUUGCAUCUUUCAGGUGCAUGUCAAAAGUUUGAACUGUCACUUAUCUGUAAAUCUCUCUAAAGUUCAGCAGGACUUCUGUGGAUCUCACUCCCUCCUCUGCAGCAGCAGCAGGUGUGUCACUUAGUGGAAUUUCGGCUGCAGUUAAGUCCAUACAAGGACAGAUGAGUCUGAAACUCAGGGGGCGUGGUCACACCUGGUGAGGAGCAGCCUCAGGUAACACCCCUAAAAUUCUGCAUUAUGUUUGGCCCAGUUAGAAGUUAAAGAAGGAAACAACUUAGAGGUUCAUGCCGUGAACAAAAAGGAGCAUGUUUAUCACUGUACAUUAGCAUAAUUCAGUGGAGAGGAGCAUUCAAGUGGCUUUAAAUGAACAUGUCUGAGCAGGCUCAGGGUGUGGACGCACAAAAGAAACACCUCUGCAACGUACAGUUAGGCACAACUACUGUAAAGACACAUGUUUGUUUUUGAAUGUGAGUAAGUAAGAGAGUAAGACCAGGAAACAGAAGCAAACGUUUGGGACAACAAUGAGCAAAAUAAUAAAGGAGGACAGAAGAUAAAGAAUAGACAAAAAGAUCAAAACUGAAUGAAGUCGGUGGAUCAGAGAUAGAUGAUUUCCUGUAGGUGGUGUCCUCCUCAGAUUUGAACACUCCUGCUUUUUUGGCUUCAACCAUGAGGGACUUCCUUGUUUCAAUGAGAGCCAUAUAUGACCUGAUACUGUCAACAAGACCAGUUCAAAUUCAAACUACCAAUUAAGCUUUGGUUUAUCUCCUCCUGUUGUCCACUCAAUACUCUCUCUGUAUUCAUGCCCUGCUGUCGGGCUUCUCCUGCAGCUGGAUAUUUAGAUUUGAAGAUUUGAAGAUGGAGAACCCCCUUUUCACACAUAGACUUGUUAAGUUUUCUAGAUCAUUUCAGGCCCACACAUGAAAUUGACACAUGAAGCUCACAGCAGGAGUUUUUUUGUGUUGUAUAUAUCCUGAUUACUGGAAAUACUGGGCCUGGAGGUGAAAGGAAGCAGCUGGACUCCUCCCCAUCCUGUGUGAGGAGGACAUACAAGCUUUUGAGCUAGCUGAUCAUAAAAUUUUAAUUAUUAAUCUAGAGUUAUUUACUGGAGUCUAUAAUGUAGCAUUUAGGUUGCUCUCCUUCAGCCUUAAAAAUGUAUCCUCGUCAGUAGAAACUUCCUCCUCCAGUGCCCAAUUUACACAUGGCCUGGGGUUUCACAGGGUUCUAUAUUAGAUGAAAACCAAGUACAUGUCCCCUACUGCUGCUAUGUCUAUGACACACAUCUCUACAGCCCAUUAAAAUCCUGAGUAAUGACUUGUUACUCCUUAUGUCCUGCACAGCAACGUACAAACAGCUGAUCCUAAAGGGUGUUUUUGUGCGAAGGGUGCUGAGUGCUGAAACUGUCACUGUUCUCUGUGAGGAGGAGGUACUUUAUUUAUGUUCCUGAAUUUUGGCUUGUAACCAAAGGUGGCCAGACAUCCGGCUGAACUCCCUGCUAGAUGAUCUGAAAAUUCAAUUUCCCACUAUCUCAGUUUACAAGCUCCAGGCAAGAAUUGAUUUAUUGACAGAAGCAUAUUGGCCUCCGCUACAGUAGGUGGCCACAUGCCUCCUUUCAGCUCAGUCCCAUCAGACCGUCUCGUUUCCUGGUAUGUUAGACUGACUUUGAAAAGUUUGAUUCAGUGCAGUUUUAGUUGGACUUACAUGUUUACAUUUUUUUUUACAGAGUCCAGUUUCAGUUGGACUACGGCAGACAAAUUGACUUUUUUUUCACUGCAUGUAAAUGUACUGAAUGAAAGUUUCUGUUAUGAAGCUCUCUCUGAACUUGUGCACUCUUGGUGUUUUAUUUGUUGCAGCCCCUCAAUAAAACAGUUUUUACCUGCUUGUUUUCUCCUUGUCUGUCAGUGUUUAUCUGUGUGACAUCUUGUACCUGUGCUACCUAAAUAAAGAUAUUGUUAUAACAUUUCCAGUUUCUCCAUAAGUAUCUCUCUAACAUGUCAGACAGUGUUUCUUCAGUACAAAUACAGCCUUAUAAAACAUGGUCCAGAGGUCUGAAGUGAGCUGUAGAGGGUGUUAGGUGGAGACUGUGCUGUAAGUCUCCGCCCACUCACUCACUCUGAAUGUUCCAGACUCUUACCUGCUGCAUUCACACCUCUGCUUCACUCUGACAGGAAAAAAACUGACCCAUCUGGCUCAACCUUAGUGAUGUUGGUAAACUGCAGACCAUGUUUGAAAAAGGCUGCAAUAUAUUUCUGACUUUUGAACAGGUACUUAAUGCAAAAAAGUGUCUGCUAACCCCCAACACUCAUGCAAACACACAAAUGCACAGCAUGACAAUUAAGUCCAACAUUAACCUGAAUUCUGAAAGAAGCCCCCAAAACACCAACGCUUGGGGCACCUCUUGCGUGGUUUGGGUCCAGAUGAGACUCUCCAAGUUGUUACAGCUUUUACUGAUGCAAAAAUGACAGAAAACAUUCAGGAAAAUUCUUGAGGAACAGAGGAAAUUACAUCAAUAAAAUUUCAUCAGGCAAAGAGGAAACAGGAACUGACACUGAAAUAAGUUCAUGUAAAUUCUUGUUGUCUGUCCUGCUUUUCAGGAUUUUCUGGUGGCUUGAAACCAAAACAAAAGCAGAAACAAUCUCCCGGCUUCUCGUUGUUAACCUGUUUUUUUUCUUUCCCAGUGUCAGUAAUUUCACCUUUGGCCAAAUGAAGGUCCAGACUUCUCCAAUGCUAUGAAUAAAUCUCAUAACUGCUAUAAUGUAUAAAUUAAUCAAAGUUUUCCAUCAGGAUUAAGAUUUGUUUAUGGCCUUUUAAAAAUCAGAUAUUUUAAGACAAAGUAUUGAGAAGCAACUUUUGCAUGAAGCAAAAGUUGAUUCACAAAAUCCUCUUUUUUGUUGUGUUGUGGGAACUGUUUUCAGGUUUUGUAGAAAUUUCCUGUGCAACUAAUUAAUGCAGCUGCUUUCUUUGCAGUAGAUUAAAGAUGUUGGGUCUAAAAGAUCCAGAGACGACUGUGAAACUAAGUGUGCUGUUGUCUGAAAACUAAAGAUUCUCACCAAACAUGGAACUUUCUGGCAAAAUAUGACACCACAGGAUUUUUACACGAGCCACAAUUUGAUGGUUUAUCAUUUGUCACCAUGAUGGGCGCAGAUUCUCAAAGAUUUGUCACCUCAGUGUUUUUAACAUAGUGCAUUAUAAAGGUGUUUUCAGAAAGGGACCAAAGAGAAAGGCAGAAAAAAAGCACAUUUAAGGAGCUCAAAUGUCACAAUGUUUUCUACUUGCAAUUAUAUCAGAUCAUAACCUCUGGUAGUUGAAUAGUCCAACAUAGAUCGUCAUCUUUUUUUUUAAUUCAUAAAAAAUCUAAAUCAAAAGUAAAAAAGGAAAAAAAUCUUUUCAAAACGCUGUCUGAAAUCAACACAACCUGGCAGCAAGCACAGAGUCUAACUCUGCAGUCACUUCAGGUCUUCAUUCAUACAUGUCUGCUCCUUCAGUCAGCUCUGCACUUCCUCUCUGGUUUACAUCAAUGCUUUUACAUAUUUUGCAUCACAAAUCAGGUGCAGGUAACUAUGUAAACAUGACGUCGGUGUGAACGUAGACAACAUUGAACAUAAACAUAUAACAGCUUUUUGGAAGAAUUUUUUAAAUCAGUUUUCAAGCAAAUUUACUGAUGUAGUAGCCUGUUCGGUACAAUACACUGCAGCUGUUGCAACUUAAAUAUGCAUGAAAUAUGAUCUUUUAAUUCAAUGAUAUCUCUAAUAAAAAAAAUUAAUACAUGCAAAUGUGCAAACAUCUAUAUUUUUGUGCAAAUACAUGCCAACAUAUGCACAUAAACACCCACACAAAUGAAAAAAUUACGCUUUCAGAUUGGGGCCUCUGUUCUCUCUUCAGGGGUUUACCAUGACUGAGAUUCCUAAUGCUGCAUUCACACUAGGUGCAAAUAACAUAAUUUACUGACUAUAUAACCAGAUUUUUUUGUAUUUAGUUGCCUAAUUUUCAUCACUCCAUCCAAGUGGAUGUAAAUGCAAGAGUCCAAAGUUAUCUAAGAGAGGCUGGAUUUUCUUCCUGCUACUUCUGUCUGUUAGCAUCUGUUAAAGCUCAGGGUAGACGCACAUUUUCAUGUCAUUUUGUUCUCCAUUUUCCAAGAAAUGAACCGUCAUUGGUUUGUGGUUGGCAUACCUCACUGGGGGUCUUCAAGCUGAUUGGCUAUUACUGCAGUUCAGAUUUUUCGACUUGUUGGUGUCAAACUUGUCAUGUAGAUGAGUAACCUUAAGCACCUAUUUGUAAUAGUAUUCGAAUUUAUGGUUUAUCUUUGGCCAUGUGACUAAAACGUCUUUGGAGCAGAGAUUUCCUCAUUGAAUGGAUGUUCGUCAUUCUUUUAUUUUGAUAUUCUCUGUCCUGUGUUGCUCUGAUUCUCGCAUUUUGAUCAUUGACUGUAUAUAGAAUCGACAGAGUCUGCCUCCUUGCUGGGUGAAGCCACUCCGAGAACAGCACCCUCUGUUGACGACUCUCCCGCCGAAUGCUUACAAUGCUACUGCUACUGGUUUCAGGAAGUGAAGAAAAAUUGCAGAAAUACCGAGAGCUUUUUGGCUUCAAAUCCGUAUACAGGCGGGAGGCGGAACCAAGUUGUCCAUAGUGUAUACCAGGGGUCGGCAACCUUAAACACUCAAAGAGCCACUUGGACCAGUUUCCCACAGAAAAGAAAACACAGGGAGCCACAAAACCUCUUUGACAUCUAAAAUGAAGAUAAUAUUGCAUAUAUCUUUUUUUUUUACCUUUAUACAAAGUAUAUAAAAAACUGUAGCGAGUUGCAUUUAUGAAAUAAAUGAACUAUUUCGGCGAGUAUCUGUCUUCUUCUGUAGUUAAACCGCAAGAUAUCAAAAUCUACCGAGAUACAGCAAUGCUGCUUUUUGAUUGGCUGUUCAGUAGAUAUACUUUAUUUGAUUGGCUUGUGCGUGGCACGCAGCUUCUGAACUCUCGGAGGAACUCGGUUGAUUUCCCCCUGUUCCAUAGUUGAAGAAGUGCAACUUGGUGGACAUCACCGUGUUCAUUUAAAUGCGUGAGAAAUACAAUGUGUGGUGUGUGAGCGUGUGAACGAGUGGGAAUGCGUGUGUCAUACGCUGAAUGCGUGAGACUUGAGAGCCCUGUGCUCACGCAUCAUCGAUGUACUCCCGAGCCAUGCAAAACGGUCUUUGCAAAUGUUGCUCUGAACGCCUUCCUUUUCAGUCUUGGUGAAGUUUUCCCACACCAUGGGUUGUGUCCAUGUUUUUCUCAGCCCUGCCUCGGCCAUGGCUGUUUCUUUUCUGUGCGUCCUGCUGAUGUUUACACGCCGGUGUCCAUGGACAUAUAUAAAGACCCGACGAAUCGAUUACAGAAUUUGUUGGCAACGGAUUUUUUCGUCACGACGAAUCUACUUAAUCGAUUCGUUGUUGCAGCCUUAAUAGUUUAUUUAAUGUUACAAGAGCAUUAUAAUCUUUGAAUUUAGAAUUACAAAAAAAUAAUAAUAAUAAAAUAAAAUAAAAUGCAAUUAAGUAUUUAUUAUUUAUUUUCCAAAUCCACUGGGAGCCGCAGCUUAGGGAAGAGAGAGCCGCAUGCGGCUCCAGAGCCGCGGGUUGACGACCCCUGGUGUAUACAGUCUAUGAUUGUGAUACUAUGCUUUUAUUUUGAAAUUUUGUACUUAUUGUAGAUUAUCAGUUACAGAUCUGAAUGAAAACAGUUUAAAAAAAGUGAAUAGGUUUAAUUGUUCAAAUAGAUUGUGACUCAAAGAGAUGCAGACAUAAACCUUGUUUGUGGAUUCUCCAUAUAAAAAGUGCUGCAUCGUUUUUAGUGGCCUGAAAAUGAUUGAACCCGUUCCAUUUUUAAUCCUCACCUGAUCCAAACCACUUUGACUUUAAAUGAAUCCAUCUCAGCCUAGAAUGACAUGAAGAUCUGCAGCUCACAGAGAAGAGAAAUAAACCUAUAAACUAGAUUGAAACUUUUUUCUUUAUUUUCUUUCAGCAGCAGAAAAAAAUGCAGUCAUUAAAAGUUUUAAAUGGUUGACAGUGAAGUUUUUGGAGGCUUGUCUUCUCCUCCACAGAGACUUCUUAUCCUGUACCCCACUUUCCGGUCUGACGGGCCAAUCACAGCUCUCUUUGGUCAAACCCCUUCAGAUGCUUCAGGUGCUAUUCUCUGCGGGGCGGGAAGAGUAGCUCUCUCACCCACGUGCCCCUCCCCUUUGACAGAUGCUUGCUGCAGCCCAUCAGGGCGCGAGCUGAGAGACUCUGAGGGAUCCUGCUCACCUGGACCAAUGGGAGCGCGUGCUGAGACAACCUUACCUUUUAUGGACAACGCCAGCAGCCCCGCGAGCGCAAAUAAAACCGGUACGGUUCAGGUGGUGAUGCUGCAUUCACCAAGCACAGCUGGGGCAGAGAAACACCUGCGAAACUUCACCGACAGACACACCUGAGACCCAACUGCACAGGUAAGAACCAACACUGUAACUUCUCAUUUCCAUUUGAUCAUUUAAGGCGUAAAAUCUCCCCAAUUAACAGCAAAUUUAACCCGUUUAACGUUUAAUGCUGCAGAUUCACUGGUAAGAGUGAUCAACACUAAAAGACUUCAGGUGUGUGGCUGCAAACGUCUUCCUGCCUCUAAACGCGUUAUUUUGGCUAGAAAUAAGUUUUAAUCAAAGUUGAACCAAUUUUAAAAACUUUUAAAACUGCAGACUUACUUUUAAUCAUGUAAGGUUUCAUUCAUGUGCUUCUUAUCUCAACUAAAUGUUAAAAUUUGCACAGAAAACUGGUGUGUUCUUAUCUAUAAAAAGGCCAAAAUUUAAUCAGGAGAGGUUCAGGAUGCCCGGGAAUUAAGAUUAGAUUUCUGCAGAUCCAGGAUGUGAAUUUAAUCUCGAUAUUUCCCUCUUCAGAUAAAGCCGGAUUGUUCAUUUUACAGACAAAUAAUGAGAUUAUUGUAGACUCAAAGCAGGUAGAUGGGAAGAUGUUUGAGUAUUAUUUAGGAAGAGAAAAAUGUUAUGUCAAACCUGAGAGAAGAAAAUCUCAUCUGAAGUUUAGAUGAAGCAGCUUUUAUGAUCUAUAAUCAAUAACAAAGGAAUCAUCUUCAAUUCAUAGCAUAGACAUUUUUAGUAGUUUAUUUCUUUUAAUUUUGUGAAAUUGGGUCACAUUUUCAUUGAAUGACAGGAUGUGAGUCUACAGAGGGAGGAGCAGCUCCUGUCAGCAUCCAGCUCCUCUGUGUCAUACCUUUUUUUUUUUUUUUUUGGCUAGAUAAAACCACCUGAUUGGUUGGUACUUCCUCUUACUACAGUAGGUGAUAAAAAAAAGAGAGGGUGUAGCUUGCAUAUUUAAAGUCUGUUACAUCAUGAUGGAGAUGGUGUAGACUUUGUUGGAGGUGUGGUUUCUGUUCUGCCUCAACUUGUUUGAGAUGCCCUGUGGCUACAUGACUGAGAAAAUGUUACACAAGUGAACUUUCCAGUUAUUCGGCUUAAGAAAAAGCCACGCCCGAAAAAAAAAAACGGGUGCCAUACUGGUGUCGUCUGCUGGAGGGAAACUUUUAAAUGUGCAGAAAGUAAAACAAGUUUUAAAAGAGGGAUGCAGAAAGUUGUCACACUUCAAAGGUUAAAAAAUCAUUCACCUCCUAAAACGAUUUCAACAUCAACUUGAACCUCCUUAUGCUCAGCAGGAUGUGUCAUCACUUUUAGUGUCACUGACAUGUUGAAAUGUCAUUUGACGCUCACAGAGAACAGACUGCAUAUCCCUGCUUCUGCACGCUGCCUUAACUGCCGUUUCCUACAAAAAAGAUAAAUAUGAAAUAUGUGCCAACUCUGAGUACUCUAUGCAUGUGCCUGAUUAGUAAAGAGACUUUUUAAGAUUUAAACCUAUUGAGCUUGGACAAAUAAAGAAUGAGAGACAUCUAAGAGAUUUCUGCUGUCAUGAGACUGCAUUCAACAUUUCCCCAACACUUUUCUUGCAGACAUGGAUGAAGAUGUUGCUGCCCUGGUUGUUGACAAUGGCUCUGGCAUGUGCAAGGCCGGUUUUGCCGGAGAUGACGCCCCCCGUGCUGUCUUCCCCUCCAUCGUGGGUCGCCCCAGACACCAGGUAUGAACCGCCACAUGUCACCCUCUGAAAUCUUAACACGCAUAGAUAAAUGCAUGAUUAUGUUUGACUGUAAAUGUGUGUUUGUGCGCAGGGUGUGAUGGUAGGAAUGGGACAGAAAGACAGCUACGUGGGAGAUGAGGCUCAGAGCAAGAGAGGCAUCCUGACCCUGAAGUACCCCAUCGAGCACGGCAUUGUCACAAACUGGGACGACAUGGAGAAGGUGAGGACUUGUACAAACCUGCAGACCAGACAAAUGUUCAGUUCAGCCAAAAAUCUGCCUGAGAUUUGAGGUUUAUUUCCUAGGAAUGAUCGCCAACCUUUUUAUUAAAUUUCAUUCACUCACAGUUGCAACUCUAAAAACUCUCACAUUACCUGACUGGAGUGCUAAUCAGAUUUUUAGAUCAAUUUUGUCCUGAGUCAAUGCAAAGCAGGAAUUUGUGGUGUGGGUGUUGUGAAAACCACUAACUUCCAUUAAAACCACACCUGUACAAAACCACCAGAUGACCCAAAUAUCAUUGCUCAUGUGGAAAACUGUGCAGAAUUCAAAACCUUGAUUGAAAUCAACAUGACUUUGAAAUUGAUGCAGAAACGAUAGCUAUCAGUCAAUUGCAUCACCUUGCAUCUAAAUAUUUUAUAAAACAACUUUUAUAAAACAACAAACACUGACUUCUGCUCUCCUUUCCUGCAGAUCUGGCAUCACACCUUCUACAAUGAGCUGAGAGUGGCACCUGAGGAGCAUCCAGUCUUGCUGACUGAGGCUCCACUCAACCCCAAAGCCAACAGGGAGAAGAUGACACAGGUGUGUGUCCAGAUACUAAUGCUACAAUCACUUUAACAUCGGCCAUGAUUUUGCAGAAGCAGUAGUUGCAAACAUUUGAGGGUUUUGGCUGGGGGUUUGAAGCAGCUUGAUGUGAUAACAGCAGAUUUCUUUUAUUUGAAGAUUGGAUUUCAGUAACAGAACAAGUGCUCAAAUUAGUUUUGGACUUCUGUCUGACACCUGACUUUCUCUCUGAUUCAGAUCAUGUUUGAGACCUUUAACUGUCCCGCCAUGUACGUCGCCAUCCAGGCUGUGCUGUCACUGUACGCCUCUGGUCGUACCACAGGUGAGACUUCUACACGACUUCAAUUGUGUAUCUCUAAACCAAAACAACAAACUUGUGAUUUUAAGAGUUUUCAUCCUGAAACCUGAAAGUUUCAUUCUCUGGUGUUUUUUCUUGCAGGUAUUGUGCUGGACUCUGGUGAUGGUGUCAGCCACACUGUUCCCAUCUACGAGGGUUACGCCCUGCCUCACGCCAUCCUGCGUCUCGACCUGGCUGGCAGAGAUCUGACUGACUACCUGAUGAAGAUCCUGACAGAGAGAGGCUACAGCUUUACCACCACAGGUAUGACAUUUGCAUCUUAACAUGGAGACAGAAGAAACUCCCAAACAGUUGCAAACAGAAUAUUUGACUUUUUUUCUUUUUUCUCCCCCUCUUACUCCCAGCCGAGCGUGAGAUUGUGCGUGACAUCAAGGAAAAGCUCAGCUAUGUCGCCCUGGACUUUGAGCAGGAGAUGCAGACUGCAGCUUCCUCUUCCAGUCUGGAGAAGAGCUACGAGCUUCCUGAUGGACAGGUCAUCACCAUUGGAAACGAGAGGUUCCGCUGCCCUGAGACACUCUUCCAGCCCUCAUUCAUCGGUGGGUAUCGAACGUUAACUUAAUAAAGUGAUGAUCACAUGCGUCCAUUGGUUUGCAAAACGGCAACUGUUGCCCCCUGUGUGUUCCAUCAUAGACUUCACCAAAUCUUUGGAUCUGUUGCUGCAAAAUUGGUCAUUUUAGGCUGCAUCAGGCAUAGAGGAAACUUAUCCAAUAUGAAGAGUGAAUAAUGACAACAAAAACGCAAAACCAACAUUUUAAAGUGUCAAUUAAACCUCAACUUUCCUACCUUUUUUUAAGAGGUAGGUCUCGAACUCUGAGUAAACUCUUUCUUGAUCUGUUUCAGGCAUGGAGUCUGCCGGCAUCCAUGAGACAACCUACAACAGCAUCAUGAAGUGCGACGUGGACAUCCGUAAAGAUCUGUACGCCAACACCGUGCUGUCUGGUGGUACCACCAUGUACCCCGGCAUUGCUGACCGUAUGCAGAAAGAAAUCACAGCCCUUGCUCCACCCACCAUGAAAAUCAAGGUACAGAUUUGAUCUUACACACAUCAAUGAAGGACACUAUGGAGAGUAUGCCUUUUAAUAAGAGCCAGUUUGCAUUUGCUUAAGUCCACUCAAGCCCCUUAGUCUGCAGGUUUUACUUAGAGGAUUAAUUUCUAAGUAAAAAGGUUUAAAUUUCUUUGACUCUGGUCUUCAAGCUGCUGCUUCAAGUGGACCGACCUAAGUGUUCAUAUUCUGCUAAACUUUUAGCCAUUUGGCGAACAAAUGCAAUAUAACUGACUGGGGGAAAAAAAUAAAAUUUCUGGACAAUAUUGUUCACUCUUUCAAUUCGAAUACUUGAGGGUUUGGUGUGUUGUUUUCUUACCUCAUUUCUCCCCCCUCUCCUCCAGAUCAUCGCUCCCCCAGAGAGAAAGUAUUCUGUCUGGAUCGGUGGCUCCAUCUUGGCCUCCCUCUCCACCUUCCAGCAGAUGUGGAUCAGCAAGCAGGAAUACGACGAGUCCGGCCCCUCCAUCGUCCACCGCAAGUGCUUCUAGAAAACUCUCCGUCCUCUUCCACUUUGCCCUCUGCCCCAGCGGAGAAGACGAUGUGCUUUUCAGCUGUUCCAUCCAAAUCCAGGCGUCCCUGGUUUAUCUUGUAUGAACUGACUAAGAUGUGAGCUGCCACAUACCAGAUGAAUCCAGAGAUGGUUUACAUUUUAGCCUCAGCUCAGCAGAUCCAGCAACUACAUCUCCUACAAACUUUCAAGCAACAUUUCUCAUCAUGUCCCUGCUACUCACUUCCCCCGGUGAUAAACUAAAGUCAAAGAAAGCAAACAGUAUUAUCACUAAAUAUCUUUUCUACUUGUCUUUUGUACCUCCCCAACAAUGUCCAGCAGUAAUCUGAACAUCGGUUUUCUGCUGUUGUUCUGUCUCUUGACUCUGUCAGAGUUGAGCUGUAACCGUACUCAACAUGAGUGUUUACUUUAUCAAUAAAAUGCCAACAUUUGAUGUUUACAGCUUCCCUGUUGUCAUUUUGAUACUUUGAGUCUUCU